ACAACACAGAUGCAGGCUGGGAAAUGCCCUGCGAGAUCUUCAUUUGCUCCAGAAUUAAGCUGCUUUAGGCUUUUUAGAGCGACAUUUACACGUUGCGUGUUUUCACUGAGAGAGGGGGGGAGAGGGAAAAAAAAUGGUGGCCUGUAAACGAGGGGAGGUGUUAUUUAUCCUCAUUUGAAGUUGUGCAAGAGUUUUCUUUUUUUUUCCCGUACAGCUUUUUUUGAAAAACAUGCGUUGCUCUGCAGAUCAGCAAGACAGGGAGUAAGUGAGGGGAGUCAUGUGUGGGAAACUGCAGCAGGAAGGAGAGUGCAGCUGGGAAUUUUUUGCCUGGAGGGAAACAGACCGGAGCUCUGUGGCUGAAGAGGCAAAGAUAGAGAGGAAUGAGGAAAAGAGAGGGAAAUAGAGAAAUAGAAAAAGAGGGUAAAAUGUUGAAGAAAGGGAUGAUGGGAAGCAAAGGAUUUGGAGGAGGUUUGAUGAAGAUGAAGGCGGGGUGAAAGUGAGUGAGGAGGAGGCUGAAGGAUGACAGAGGGAAGGAACUCCUGUCUUUGCGUCUUCUUGGAAGAAGAGAAAUGUUGAGCAGCAGGUCUCUGGAAGCAGCCAAACUGUCAGUUACUGUUGCAGACACAUGCUCGCUCUCAGCGCUGCUCUUUUGCUGCCAAGGAAAGAGGAGGAGGAGGAGAAGAAGAAAAAGUGAGGCUGGAAGGAUCAGACAGAUAGAGGAGAGAAAGAAAGAAAGAAAGGGAUUUGGACCAACCUGUGACGGCGUCCAUCUGUCUACCUGAGUGUGAAGGCAACAAAUGAUGCCAUAGCAUCCAGGACAUAGCCAGGACCAUCUUUAUAUAUUUUUACUUUCUUUUUUUUUAAUAAUGAGGAGAGACCGUCUCUUCUUAGCCGCAACCCUCACUGCCAUCUUCUCUGCUGACCUCUACUUCAUCCUGCUGCCAAAGCUGCGGAGCGUGGGGCUCAAAUCGGAACACUUCUGCCCAUGUGGUCCCAAUAACUUUACCCUGCCCAUGCACGGGGGUCUGGCCACCCCUCAGCUCUCCAACUGGACGUCUGUGUCAUCGCCCCUAGAUGGUACAACAUCCGGACCAGAUGAUGGAGCUUCAAAAUUGGAGAGGCUGUUUUCUCACCCUCUGUACAACAUCGAAACUCCGGGGAUCGGGCCGGAGGAGCGGUUGCUGCUGGCGGAGCAGCUGAUGGAGUACUACAGGAGGAAGGUGUCCCGCUGGGAAAGACAUAUGAAGAUUUACAGCGAGGCUGCCGCAGUGUCCAACAUCACUUUGACUGAACAUCAGGUGACAUAUGAUCCCAAUGCCAGCUGGGUGAAGUUCCACCUGGGAAUCAACCGCUACGCGCUGUACUCGAGAGUCGACCCCGCCAUCCCAAAACUCCUCAAGGAGAUGCAGGGCAUGACAGUCGUCAGCGCAGAUUACACUCAAGAUGAGAAGGCCCUGAAAGGAGCAUGUGACUGCACCCAAGUUGUGAAGCCGAGUGGACAUCACCUGAAACUGGCUCUGAAGAUGCAAAACUUUGCUAAAGUCAUGUUCAAACCAAUGAGGCAGCAGAGGGACGAAGAAACGCCAGAGGACUUCUUCUACUUCGUGGAUUUCCAGAGACACAAUGCUGAGAUUGCUGCCUUCCACCUGGACAGGGUUCUGGACUUCAGGAGGGUCCCUCCUGUGUCUGGCAGGUUGGUGAAUGUCACAGGAGAAGUGCUCCAAGUCACCCACAACGAAGACCUCAGAGGGGUUUUCUUCAUCUCACCUGCAAACAACACUUGUUUCUUCGCCAAGUGCCUGUAUGUGUGCAAGACGGAGUAUGCUGUGUGUGGAGGCCCGGACCUGCUGGAGGGUUCCCUGUCUGCCUACCUGCCUGGUCUCAGCAUCGCCCCCCGCAUCUCCAUCCCCAACCCCUGGAUCCGCUCGUACACCUUCAGCGGACAAGAGGAGUGGGAGGUGAAUCCUUUCUUCUGUGACACCAUAAAGCAAACGUAUCCGUAUAACUCAGGCAACAGGCUCCUCAACAUCAUAGACAUGUCCAUCUUUGACUUCCUCAUAGGAAACAUGGACAGGCACCAUUAUGAGAUUUUUACCAAAUUUGGGGACGAAGGAUUCCUCCUCCACUUGGACAAUGCCAGAGGGUUUGGGAAACACUCUCAAGAUGAAAUGUCCAUCCUGGCUCCUCUGUCUCAGUGCUGCAUAAUAAAACGCUCCACUCUAAUGCGACUUCGGCUCCUGACCCAACGGGACUACAGGCUGAGCGAUGUGAUGAGGGAGUCCCUGGAGGGAGACCCCUUACAGCCCAUCCUGACGGAGCCUCACCUCUUAGCUUUGGACCGCAGGUUACAGAAGGUCCUUCGGGCGGUGCAGCGCUGCAUCCGGCGGCUGGGUGAGGACGAGGUGAUCACCAGAGACUUUGUGAAAUCCACAACGAGGCCUCAGAGCGUCACAGAAAUGAGAGAGGUCAGGUAACAGAGGAGGGAAAAGUCGCCGCUGCUCCUCGUAGCUGAUUUCUGAAAAAACUUCAGGAUGAAGCUCAUAUGGUUUCGAUUUAAGGAACAAGCCUAUAAAUGGAAGACGCUGUGAAAUGUUCAGAGGUGCCUGUAGAGACCGAAGGAAUCUCCUUGUGAAUGAUUUCAGGCUUUGAAUUCCUAUCCUAGAGGGGGGUAUCGUUUUAUUUCCUUUUGUUUCUCUCAUGGUCACAAAAUCCCCUAAGGGUGCAUUUUGUGACUGGCCUCAAUCUUUACAUGUUCACCUGCUACAUCAGGAUGGUUUAGGGAAAAUGAAUUCAAAAUAAGCCCUUUUAAAGGCUUUAUAUGUGAUUUUCUGAUCCAGCAGAUGUUGCCCUUGAGCACCAGCAUGAAACCAAAACAACUC